UGUUAUAAAAACGAUUCUUAUUAAAUGAAAAUUGAAUUAAAUUCUUAUAAAAGGUAGGACCCUUCCCCACCACGAGAAGGUUGAGAAAAUUAAAAUUUUAAAAAUAACGGAAAAGAGUUUCUUGUUUCCAAAAUAGGACUUCCCUUUUUGCACAACAAACUGCACCACUCAAGAUCACAAUGCACCAAAAUAAUAAUUCUUCUUCUUCUUCUUCACCGUUCCCACUUCCUCUUCUGCCAUGGGACACACAUCAAAGCACACUCCUCGUUCCCCCUCAUACCUCUUACCCUGCGUUCUCGCUCUCUCUUUCUUCUCCCUCACAGCACUCCUCCUCUACAAGGUAGACGACGUCGUUUCGCGUACCGGAACCGUGGUGGGUCACAACCUAGAACCAACGCCAUGGCACGUUUUCCCUCACAAACCCUUCGACGAAGAGACUCGCCAGAAGCGCACCUAUAAAAUUAUCCAAUGCUCCUACCUAACAUGCCGUUACGGAGCCGCUCCCGGCGGAGAACGGCGGAGAUCCGCCGCCGGAGAAAGUGGCCGGGAGGAAUGCCCGGAAUUUUUCGGGGCGAUCCGGAAGGACCUGGAGCCUUGGGCGGUGACACGGAUUUCGAAGGCGCAUGUGGCGGCGGCGAAGAGGUACGCGGCGUUUAGAGUGGUGAUUGUUGAAGGGAAGGUGUUUGUGGAUUGGUACUAUGCAUGUGUGCAGAGUAGAGCAAUGUUCACUGUUUGGGGGUUGUUGCAGCUUCUGAGGAGGUAUCCUGGGAUGGUUCCUGAUGUCGAUUUGAUGUUUGAUUGCAUGGAUAAGCCCACUGUUAAUAGGACAGAACAUCAAUCAAUGCCUUUGCCACUGUUUCGGUAUUGCACCACAAAGGAACACUUUGAUAUCCCUUUUCCUGAUUGGUCUUUCUGGGGUUGGCCAGAGAUAAAUAUACGAUCCUGGCAGGAAGAGUUUCCAGAUAUCAAGCAAGGUUCUCAAGCUGUUAGUUGGAAAAAGAAGUUACCCCGAGCAUAUUGGAAAGGAAACCCAGAUGUUGCAUCUCCUAUUCGUACUGAAUUGCUAAAUUGUAAUCACUCUAGGAAGUGGGGAGCACAAAUUAUGCGUCAGGAUUGGGGAGAAGCAGCUAGAAGUGGCUUUAAGCAGUCAAAACUCUCAGACCAAUGUAAUUACCGGUAUAAGAUAUAUGCUGAAGGGUAUGCAUGGUCUGUGAGUUUGAAAUAUAUUAUCUCAUGUGGUUCUGUUGCUCUAAUUAUAUCACCCCAGUAUGAAGAUUUUUUCAGCCGUGGCCUUAUUCCAAACCAAAACUUCUGGCCUGUUGAUCCUUUCGAUCUAUGUCCAUCUAUAAAGCAUGCUGUACAAUGGGGAAACCAACACCCAGAUGAGGCUGAGGCUAUUGGUAAAAGAGGGCAGGAUUUCAUGGAAAGCUUGAACAUGGAUCGAAUUUAUGAUUACAUGUUCCACCUUAUUUCAGAAUACUCAAAACUUCAAGACUUCAAGCCUACUCCACCAUCAACUGCCUUGGAAGUUUGUCCAGAAUCCGUGCUUUGCUUUGCUGAUGACAAACAGAGGAUAUUCCUCAGCAAGUCAUUUGCAUCCCCUUCUCAAAACCGUCCCUGCAAUCUCAAACCAGCCUAGAGUGAUAUCACUUACAAGUUACAAUUUACUUCACAAAAAUACUGAUCAAAGGAUGUGGAACAUCAAUGAACAUGAAAUCAGAGUGAACUGGAGGGGUAUACUAAAGUGUGUUAUUGCCGGUAUCAAAAGAAAAAGUACAUGUUAUUGAAUAUUGUAAAUUUAUAGUACCUUUUUUAGGUUAUCAUUUAUACGGUUUAGCUUUAGUUACAGGCCAUCAUCAUUUAUCAUUUAACACCAAACACCACAGUGAUUUUCAUUUCACUUUUUCCCGGUCAUUCUUUUAUAAAAUAAAUAUCGUCACUACUUCUUUGACAUCCUUCAUAUCCCUGUAGCACUUUCUGUUAUACCAUAUGGCGUAGCACAUUUAUCACUUUUGUAAGAUAUGUGUUUGGAGUAAUUAAUAAAAUAAUCGGGGUAGUCUGGAGGUUUAUUCGUGUU